AUGGAACGAGAAGUCGUCAAGACGGAGCCGCUUAAGCUUGAGGUGUGGGACAAGGACCCUAUCAAGAAGGAUGACUUCCUCGGCUACGCCGAGAUCGAUCUGUCGACGUGGGUGACGCUGUUCAGCGUUUUGGGGAAGUCGACCUCGUACACGCUCGAGCUUCUGAGUGACGACACGAAGGCUAAGGGCAAAAAGGCGACAGGCACCUUGGAGGUGGAGGUGACCAUUGCGGCGAUGGCGGCGGCGGCGGCUUGA